AGAGAGAAGCUAAUGAAAAAUUCACAGUCGCACGAAAUCUUGAUAUACACGACACACCAUUGGCUAUUUUAAUACCGUGUCAAGGAGUUAAUUACGCAUGCUUGUAUUCAAGAUAUUCGCUUUGUUUUCCAUUGGGGGAAUGUACGUCUAUAAAACUAGGACGUAUUUUAAUUUCCAUAUGAAAUUCUUUGUAUUUAAUCUUAAUCGAAGCUUUUCAUUCACCUCGCCUCGAUACUAAUUUCUUUCGUCACGAUCGCGUAUUACUUUUUCCCUGACCAAUUACAGGUUAUUAACUUCCAUUUAGCUAAUCCUCGACGAUACGUUUUUAUUAGCAGAGUCGGAAUAAAAUCGGAAAAAAAUUUAAUCGAAGGUGAGAUUAACUUUUAUAGCUGUUAUUAGCAAUAUUAGGAUAGAUAUCACGAUUAUAAAACUCGUUUCCUCGAUAGUUUUUAGAAUUUUUCUUUUAGGAAAUGUAUUCUUUAAAAUCAGUUUUAUGUUAAUAAGUCUCUUACGUCAAAGCUGUUAAUAAGAUUAUUACACAUUUAAAAUCGCACCAAAGUAUACAAGACUGUUUAAAUAUUCAAUUACGAGUCACAACGACAGGCCAUUCUGUAAAAAGUCUACGCGUUUUAUAAUUUUCUUUACAUUUUUCUCUCACCUUAGCUUUAAAUUGUCCUGAAACAAACGAACUACUCUAUCGUUUUCCUUUGUGAAAAAAUCGAACCGCGGAGCGCAGCUGAUUCACGGGCUUCGGGAAAUUAUCUUGUUGUUCGAUCGACAGCACGCUAAUGUUCCAACUUUGUUGAUAUACAAGAUAUCGAAGUAACGUAUUAUCAUCUACAUCGAAACUGAUUCUACCAUUAAGAAAAGUGCGAUUCUAAUCGACAAAACAAACGAAUCCUAUAUUUGCUAAAAGUGUAACUUCACGUACAUAUAUCUAACGUUCUAAAAUUUCUCUUAUGCUUCGAGCUUCUUAUAGCAAAAAAGUUCUUCCAGAUCUUAGGAUCUUUUUAAAUAUUUUAAAUUGCAGAAUACGUGUCAUCAAUCCCGAUUUUCUUAAAAAUAUCUUUCGAUAUAAAUGAAACUAUAAAAGAAAACAGUUUGUUCCUGUUCGUGCUACCAUACGAGGUCAACUAUCGCGGAGGAACGCGGACCAACAGGUAGAGUCUGCGGUAUGCGACAAAAACGAGCAUUUUGAUCGAGGAAAGCCAGGAAGAUCGAAGGCCGAAUAAUUUGAUGCAAAUGCGUCAGGGAGGCAUCGAAACGACACGACGGUAUCAGCAACCUCGAAUAUAUCGUGACUACAACAACACGCUCCAAAAUGUCCUACGACUCGAGUCCAUCGGUGAAAAGGACCGCGUUUCGGCGAACGAUGACAAUGCUCGCCGCUAUGGAAGCUACUUCGAACAAGCGUAAUAUCACGAACAUGUAUGAGGAUGCCAUUUUACCAGAAUACAAUGUCACCACGACAGCAAGCGGAGCGGCUAGUAAGACGAGUCACUUCGAGACCGAUUUGCAUGGGAAUGUUAACAUUCUUCUCGGCGGGGCGAUGCUCAGCGGCGUGAUUAUGGUCGUCCUACUGAUGUGCUACUGUUGUCACAAGAGCAUCCGGAAGAACCGACCGCAAGAGUACCCGCAAUACUGGAGGACAGAGCCAGACGUGCAUAGCCUCGAGGUCUUCACCACGGAAGCUCACGCUGCUUGCUGCGAUAGACAAUCGACGGGCGAGGGAAACUUGGACGAAAGCACUUACGGUGCCCUUUCGUGCCCCGUGACGCCAAACUCUGGUCCUGGACCACCGCCGACCUACGACAGUCUGAUCUUCGACUCGAGAAGCCUGCCCAACUUCAUCGACAAGAAGCCCGAAGGUGCGGAGACGCCAGGAAUUAUAAUCCCUUCCAUGAUGUCUACGUUACUAAACUUGAGCACGACCGUGAGAUCCACGGAAUGCAACGAGGCCACGGAACAAGAAAUUUCCGACGAAGGAUUGCCUUCUUACGAAGCCGCCUUAAAGUUGGACGCGAACGGCUACGUGUAACACCGACGACCGACACGCCUCUCUGAUCCCGAAGAAUUUUACGAUUCCUCGAAUCGAUCGCGUUCCUUCGCGUAUCUGUCUUCAAGUAGAGCAGAGAGAUUGGAACGUCGAGGAAUUGGAAAGAAGGAAGUUAGGUCCAUUGAUUUUCCACUUUUGCGCCUCCGCUUCUCUACGUUUGGGAAAACCUUGCCUCCUUGUGUUUACAGCGUCGCGAAGAGAAGCUUUUUCCACGGAUCAGACUGCGAUUCGAGCAAGACCGUGUGCAAUUGAAAUUUCUCAAAGUUACAAAAUCCAAGGAAACAGGACGAGGAAAGAGUGACGCUUGGAGUGGAGCAGUUGCAGGAUGUUCGAAGGAGAAGUUUCUAGUCUUCGUUUUUAAUCUCGAGAGAAGCGUUCGUCGAACAACGAAACUGUAAGUUGACAAGCAUCGGACGCUUAGAUCUAAUUCCGGGAUAUUGAAGAAACAGAGCGAACUCAUGGAAGAUGAGAAAUUGCUGGGGAAUCAGGAUCGAGUAGUUUCCAAUCGAUAUGUUGCAAGUUACUUGGAAGGAAGAUGUACGCAUUGUUUUUCUGACUCCGAAGAAGAGAGGUUCGUUUCGAGGAAGAAAUUGAGAUAAAUAGAAGCACCUGUGGAUGUUCGAUCCUCCGAUCGAAUUUAUGGGAGACGAGAAAUCUUUCGGAGAAUAGGUUGCGAUCCAUAGGUUCGAAAUUACGUGUCUGGUAAGAACGAUCUUUGCCUGUGAUUUUUAAACAAGAAAAGAGCCGCGAGAUAAAUAUUUAGGACGACAUUAAACUUUUAAUCGAGUUUGCGACGAAUGAAAGAUUACGUAUCGAGUGACGUGAAACAAAAGUGUUUCAGGCUGUUUGAGAAAAGAAAGGAAAGAGUGACGAUUGAAACGGAGUACGCGAAUCAGAUGUCGACAAUCCUACGACUUUUCUGAAACCGUGACACUUGAUCUGUGAAUUACUGAAUUAUUAUCUGUGAAUAUAAUGUGAUUAGAUGAAUGUUGAUUUGUGUUUGAUUAAAUCGAGUACCGAGACUCGAGAAUUCAGCGACAUCGUGCAACGAACGUAUUCUAAAGAAUAUCCUGCAUAAUAUCUCAUUUCAUAUCAUUUAGAAACUCGAAUUCUCAUCAAUUUUCAUGUAACGUGUAAACCUGCUCUAAAUAAAUGCGAAAAAUAUAUAAUAUACAAGCAUUUUGGAAAACCAGGCGUGCUAAUUGUUCCAACUAUCCACAGUGUUAAACGUCGGAUAUAUCCGCAGCAACUGUUUACAAUGAAUGCAUCGUGAUCGCGUAAAUUCGCGUAAAUUCGCGUAAAUAAAGAGACAGAAACAACGAUAUCCGUUGGACAGAUCGCGAUCGUCGUUAAACUUUUCAUCGGCUGAAAUAGUACGCAGAGAGCGCAAGAAAUCGAUGAUCUUAUCCUUCAGCAAGUGAAGGCCACUUUAGUGGUCCUCAACCAUAUCGUUGAUCAGCUUAAAGACCACUUUAGGCGGGCAUGAAUUACGCCUUCGUUUAUGGUCGUUCGCGGAGCUGAUCGAGUGUCGCGAAUUCGUCUACGUGUUAGUUAACGUGGCUGAUCGGAGUCCUCGAAACGGCUUAUGAAAACAUAUUUCUAUUCUCGGUGAGGAAAAGACGAGAAAAAGGAUUGAAAGAAGUUUUGGCGAGAGGUUCGGAUAUCGAUAAAAAUGUGCAGCGCGACGAUUCUAUUAAUCGAAGGAAACCAAUCUGACAAAAUUGCGCGAUAAGCGAGAGGAUUUAAAAUAUCGUUCUCUGAGCGACGAGAAAUUCCACGAAUUUGGAUUUGCCACGUUUCUUCGAUAAUUUAUUCUCGUUGCGAAAAGAAUAUUUUUAGUUUCAAUGGUGAAAGCACAGAAAAGAAAAUUAAGGAAAAUAUCGCGAGGUUCCGAUAGCGACGAAAAUAUCGAACGUUUUCUUUUAAUAGAAGAAAAUCAAUUUGGUAAAAUGGACAAAAUAGAAAAAUAAUAAAUAAACGAUAUCGUGCUUUGAACAACGAAGAAUUCCGUAUAUUCGAAUUCGUAAUAUCUCUUCUGAUAAUAGACACGAUAAUAGACAAAAAUAGCGAUAUAAAUUAUUCUAUUGGAGCGUAAGACUUGUUCCUUUUAAAAAUUAACGAACGACGAAUAUUUGACGAAUUAUCUAGGAAUAUUUGUCUUGCAGAGGCAAAAUAGUUUAAUCUAUUCUCAAUUUCUUAUCGAGUAAAUAAAACAUUAGUUAAAAUAAAAUCAUAAGCACAUUUUAAUAACGCCAUUUAUAUAUAUAACGACAUGAUAAAAUUCCACUUUAAAAUUGCAAGUGUAAUGAAUUAUUAUCUGGCUUAUCAGCCAGAGACUAAAUAAUAUGUUAUAAUUAUAAUACAAGCAUGUAAAUUGUCUCCUUAAUGUCAGCGAUUACGCGGUGACAAGUUAAUUUCAAAGUGUAUUCCCGUGUUUCAGAUAGUUAUUGCUUAUCUAUAGUUAUUUCAUUCAACGAAUUCUGAAACGUGUGACGUCGGGACCGGAUACACAUUGCAAUCCAAGAUAAACGAUAUGUUAUCGUAGUGCAGUAUGCAAAAUUAGCAUAAAACUAAUCACCGUGGAGUUUGUGACAAUCCCUCGAGACAUCUAAUGCCAUUAACCGACAUAUUAGUUUAUUUGUUUAUUCAUAUGUUUCCUCCAUAGCGUAUAAUAAAACAAUACGUAUUAAUAUAA